AUGAGAAAAUAGGUGAGUUAAACAAGAAAGCCUGUCGUGAAGAAAAGUACAGCGAAUACAGUAACUAUUUAGAAUCAGCCUGAUAAUUAGAAACUGUAUACUAAUUUCAAAGAGAAAGAGAAGGACAUGCUUGCUAAAACUGGUGUUCUCUUAUCUUCUGUUUACUAUUUGCUAGAUCAUAAAGCAAUAGCUUAUAAGCUGGAAUGUGAUCUAGAGUAUCUGAUGACAUUCUUGAAUAAGAGAGAAGACAACUCAAGAGCCGACUCUAUUCAUUUGAUCCACAAAUUGUGUGUCAAUUAGGAUGUGUAAAAUCUUCUACUCAAAGAAUAGAAUUUCUAAUACUUGGUCGAAUUAAGCACUACAAACAAACUAGAGGACAUAAGAAGUGGCUGCUUUAAAAUAUUUUCAUCGAUUGCUCUCAUGAACCCAUCGAAGCAGGUUGUAAAACAAAUGUUCUUCAAGAGCAAUCUUAUUCAGAUUGUGAAGUAGAGACUAAACAAUGAAUAGUCUGAAGAUGUUAGAUGUUCUAUACUCGAACUGCUCAUGAAAUUAACUACUGAUGAGAUAUAUCUAGAAUUAAUAACCGAAGACCUAUCAGUAAUCCUGGAGAUAAUCAAGAUUCUUAAUCAUAAGAAAAACAUACGAUUAAAGAGAUUAGCUUAUGCAAUAACAGUCAAUUUACUGAGUGAGGAAGAGUUACGCAAAUCUUUAAUGCGCUAAAAUCAAGUUGAUGUCAUCGCCAAACUAAUUUCAAUACUCUAGACUUAUGCUGUAGAUUAAUAAAAAAACUCAAUCAACAAGCUGACUUCUGAGGAAGUUAUUUACUCUUUGAGAGCUUUGUCGAAUUCAAUGCAAGACAAUGUUCUAUUCAUUCAGUUCUUGCAAUAAAAAGGUCACAUAGCUUUGGCUGAUGUAUUUGAAGAUGAGGACUUGAGAAUCAAAGAGGCUUGUCUCUGUCUUUACACGAGACUUGCCCAAGACAAAGACAACAGCAUUUAGAUUGUUCUUGAGUCAGAUUUAAUCUAUGAUGUCCUUAGUCUUGGAUGUCAAGAUAAAGAUAAUUAAGGAGUGAUCAGGAAUAUGCUUUUGCUCAUAUCUGUGAUGAUUACCACUAACAAUGAAAAGGCUAUUGAGUAAAUGAAGCUAUUUGAUAUAAUUAAUUUGCUUUUGCACAUCCUAUCUGAUUCAAUCGAAUUAAGCUAUUUAGCUUUGAUUAAUUUAGGGCUUUUGAUAAAAUUUGAAGAGUUUAAGUAAAGGCUUUUGGACAGAAAUAUCUAGUAUGGAAUGAUUGAUACGAUAAUGAAGGCAAUUAGGAAUUUAUAAAGUGAUAGAAAUACUAUUUAGUACAAGUACUUAAUGAGAGGUAUUUAAAUACUGCUUUUGAGCUUUGAAGAAUAUGAAGACAAUUACCUUGAAAGAGACAAAAUGAUUACCCUAGUCUAGCUUUUGAAUGAUGAAUUUGAGAAUAUUGAAGAUCCCACAACUUAAUAUUAUCAUUGA